GGCCGGGGGGGUCCCUGCGAGGCGCCGGGGGUCAGGCAGCCCUGCCCUCCCCCGGUGGGACGGGCCAGCCGCCGGGGAGCCGGGCUUUCCGUGGGUUUGUUCUGUCACCCGUUUGGGGACAAAGUUUGGAAAUAAAGGGAGGGUUUCCCCGCCUGAUCCCGGAAGGGAAGGAGAGCUGCGAGGGAAAAUGCGACCGCUUGCUCUGUGGAGUCCCGUUCCCUGCCUGCCGCACCUCCAGCUCAGCCCCUUCUUGUGAUGCUGUCAGGGGACGGGGCAGGGGCUCCCGGCGGGCUGCUGGAUGCGCUGCGGGGCUGCAGCCGUAAGGAAGGAGUCUCCACACUCUCUCCGCAGACUAACUUCGGCUCAAACCACAGACAUCUGAUUCUUCAGGUCCUGAAGGAUGCGAAUAACUUAGUGCUUCGUGUUCCGGUACCCAUCUGAGCAUUGCUGUCUCCCGGAGAAACAGCCUGAGGAACCGACCUGGUGUCUGUCACGGGUAAAGCGAGCCCUGCGGCGACUUGCUAGAGGGACCGUCCUCCAUUUCGCAUUGCUGAGUGGACUAUGGUGGCAGGAAGAUGUUGGCUCGCAAGAGUAUCAUCCCUGAAGAGUAUGUGCUGGCACGGAUCGCUGCCGAGAACCUGCGCAAGCCGCGCAUCCGCGACCGGCCACGCAAAGCCCGCUUCAUCGCCAAGAAUGGCGCAUGCAACUUGGCCCACAAGAACAUCCGUGAGCAGGGGCGAUUCCUGCAGGACAUCUUCACCACCCUGGUGGACCUGAAGUGGCGUCACACGCUGGUCAUCUUUACCAUGUCCUUCCUGUGCAGCUGGCUGCUCUUUGCCAUGAUGUGGUGGCUGGUGGCUUUUGCCCACGGCGACAUGGACCCGAGCACAGAAAACACUUUGAACAGCACGAAGUGGACACCGUGCGUGACGUGUGUCAGGUCCUUCACUUCUGCUUUCCUCUUCUCCAUCGAAGUUCAGGUGACCAUUGGCUUUGGGGGCAGGAUGAUGACUGAGGAGUGUCCCCUGGCCAUCACGGUCUUGAUCCUGCAGAACAUUGUGGGGCUGAUCAUCAACGCUGUCAUGCUGGGCUGCAUAUUCAUGAAGACGGCACAGGCUCACCGGCGGGCCGAGACGCUGAUCUUCAGCCGGCAGGCGGUCAUUGCCGUCCGCAAUGGCAAGCUCUGCUUCAUGUUCCGGGUGGGGGACCUGAGGAAGAGCAUGAUCAUCAGCGCCUCGGUGAGAAUCCAGGUCGUGAGGAAGACCACGACCCCUGAAGGAGAAGUCAUACCCAUUCACCAAGUGGAUAUCCCCGUGGAUAACCCCAUUGAAAGCAACAACAUUUUCCUGGUGGCUCCCUUGAUCAUUUGUCACGUCAUAGACAAGCGGAGUCCUCUUUAUGACAUAUCCGCUUCCGACCUGGCGCUCCAGGACCUGGAGCUCAUCGUGAUACUGGAAGGGGUUGUAGAAACCACCGGCAUCACAACACAGGCGAGAACCUCCUACGUGGCAGAGGAGAUCCUGUGGGGUCACCGCUUUGUGCCCAUCGUCACCGAGGAGGAAGGCGUGUAUGCCGUUGACUACUCCAAGUUCGGCAACACCGUCAAAGUGGCUGCGCCGCGCUGCAGUGCCCGGGAGCUCGAUGAGAAGCCCUCCAUCCUCAUCCAGACCCUGCAGAAGAGCGAGCUGUCCCACCAAAACUCGCUGAGAAAGCGCAACUCCAUGAGGAGAAACAACUCCAUUCGGAGGAGCAACUCCAUGCGGAGAACCAACUCCUCGCUCAUCGUGCCCAAAGUGCAGUUUAUCACGCCCGAGGGGAGCCAGAGUGCCUCAGAAACGUGAUGCACAGCUUCGUGCCAUGGCACUGGCUUUGGAAGGAGGAGGCAUCUGAGGUAUUUUGCUUCAAUUUCCUUUUACUUAAGAAAUCAAGAACACGAU